AGUGUAUAUAAAAGGCGUACGCUACGCAGUUAUCCAUCAAAAAUAUCUUAUUCGCCUUCUGCACUAGUAAAAGGAUCAUUUUCAAAAUGUUCAGCAAGCUCGCCAUCCUCUGUGCUAUUGUUUGUGGAGUUCUAGCUGAUGGAUACAUAGGACACCAUCAUGCUCCUCAACCGUAUUCUUUUGGCUACUCUGUGAAAGACCAUCAUGGAGAGCAACAUCGCCAUGAAAGUGGUGACGGCGGGCAUGCAGUGAAGGGUAGUUAUGGAUUUACAGAUGACAGAGGUGUACAUCGUCAAGUAGACUACGUAGCUGACCAUGGUGGAUUUAGAGCACAGGUCAAGACUAAUGAACCUGGCACUGCUAAACAGGAUCCAGCAGCUGUGAAGAUGAUCUCAUCGGCACAUCCUUAUUUUGGAGCACAUGGAGUUUAUGGUGGACAUGGAGCCGGCGGAUAUGGAGGACACGGUUACGGUGGUGGAUAUGGUGGUCAUGGAUAUGGUGCAGGUUAUGAUGGUGGAUAUGCAGGACAUGGAUAUGGUCUUGGUUGGGCUGGACAUGGUGGCUAUGGUUAUGGAGGACAUGGUCUCUGGCAUUAAAUAUAUUACGGCUUCCGACCUGCUAUGGCCAUAAACAGAUGAAUACGUACUUGAUUAGUACUAGUUCACAUAUGAACUGGUGGUUUGUGGUUUGCUGAUAUGCCAAAUGUCUAAUAUAUAUUAAUUAUAUGCUAAGCAAUGUGUGCAUUCAUUAGGAUUCAAUAGGCAUUUUUUCUUUAUGUCGUGUCUCAGCUGUCUACCUUGUAUUUGUAAUGGAGCUUAUUUUUUAUAUCUUCUGUAAAUAAAAUCAUGUAUUCAAUUGAA